AUGCCCACCUCCCUGCCGAAGGCUUCUGGGACCGGAGCUGGGAUGCUCAGGAACACCCCAAUAGCUAGUCCCUGCCCUCGGGGUUCUGUUGCAUCCUGUGCCUCUGGGGAAUUGGGGCCUGUGAGAGGGAUAGCGUCACGACCAAUCCCCGACAUCUGGAGCACACUCCGAGCUCUCAACCGCUACAGGCGCCCAGCUGUGUCCGGACGAGGUGGAGUAGGGUGGGGCAGGUGUCUAAAGCCGCACUUUCUGGCGGCGCUGAACUCCGCGAGAAAUGCACUACGCAGGAAGCGCCAGCCCCACUCACUUCCUUCGGAGCUGGGCCCCGGCCCCGUGCCCGCCUUCCUCGGGAAGCUGUGGACUCUGGUGGGCGACCCGGGCACCUACCACCUGAUCCGCUGGAGCCCGGUGAGCCUAAAUUUCCUCCUAAGCGGUCAGAAACACUUCGCCAAGGAGAUGCUGCCCCAGUACUUCAGGCACAGCAACGUGGCCAACUUUGUGCGGCAACUCAACAUGUAUGGGUUUAGAAAAGUGGUGAGCUUGGAGUAGGGAGGCCUGCUCAGACCAGAGUGCGACUACGUCGUAUUCCAGCACCCCAGCUUCCUCUGCCCUACGCGACGCUGCCUAGACCAUGCCUUUCGCCCACAGGUGCCCGCGCUGCGCUGCGACGAUGGCCGCUGGCGGCCUGAGGACCUCGGGCGACUGCUGGACAAAGUACAGACACUGCGUGAAGCAUAGGAGAGUGCCGAAGAGCGGCUGCUGCGGGAGCUCAGACAGCAGAAGGAGAUCUUGUGUAGGGAGGUAAUGACGACCCUGCAGCACCGGGUCAUUGGUCAGCUAAUCCAGUGCCUCUUCGGGCCACUUCCAACGGGGACUACCAGCACAUGAGCCAAGAGAAAACUGUCCCUGAUGCUGGAUGAGAGGAGCACAUGCCCACCACCUGCCAAAUUCAGCUGUGCCCUACCUUGUCCCCUCCUGCAGGACCCCUACUUUAUUCAGCCAGGAAACCUCUUCCCUCAGACCUGGUCCAACCCAUUCCCGGACCCCACCUUCAGCCUCAGCAGUUACCAUGGAGCCAGGGGACCCAUCAUCUCUGACAUGCCUGAUGAUCCUCUAACCCCAGAAGAGACCAGAUUUUCUCCUUCCUGUGGUGAUGGGAGGAAGAAGGGUCUGGCACUCCUCAAAGAACAGCAGGUUAGCCGUGGGCUGACCCAGGCCCCAAAGGAAUGUGACUUCUGCGUGACAGCCUCCCCACUGCUACCUAUGGCUGUGGUCCUGGCCAUCUUGGAAGGGAAAGGAAGCUUCCGCUCUGAGGGGCCCAGGAAUGCCCAACAACCUGAACCAAGGGGUCCUAGGGAGGUCCCUGCCAGAGUAGGAGAACCUAAUGGGGAAAGUCUGGAGCCUGAAGGGCCCCUGAAUGUGCUGGGCCCCAGCCUCCUAGGUAGAGAAUGGAUGCUGAUGGAUUUGAACAUAGAGCUGUCCCUGAUGCAGCCCUGGGUUCCAGAGAGAGGGGCAGCUGAACUGUCAGCAAGGACACCACUCGGGAGGCCGCUCCUGCUGGAUAUCCCGGCGACUUUGGGAGGCUCAGUACUAGACCUACCCAGGGCUUUGACCAAUAACUGCAUUCUUGAAAACGGGACCUCCAAACAGUGCUCGGAAGCCUGUCCCUAUCCCUGUAAGGCCCCUUCCCCUUUGGAGCCGGCAAGGCAAAGGGGCUUGUCCCAGACGGUAGAGAGGAGGGAUCGACGAGAACUUUGGGGUAAAGUGUCUGGGAACGUCCAGGCCCACCCUGAGCACGUGGGGCCGCGGGACGAACUGCCCCCUACCCUGUCCCGCCCUGACCGAUCUCCGGGCAAAACCAAGGUGGGAAGAAAAAGCAGACUACUGACCGCAGCCCUGACCGCCUAG